CGGUAUUUUGUGGCUGUUGGACUAUGGGUCGUGUGUUAGUGGUUUAAUCUUUUCGAUAUACCGGAAUAGUUUUUACAUCGUAAUUAUUUUUAAUACCAUUCCAUAGUGCUAUUGACUAUUUUUAUUUAUUCAUUGUGAUUUUAUAAUUUUUUCGCAUCAAUGUUCAGAUCUAUGAACUCGGAUCGUUGAACUUUACCGACAGUUUUUCACUACCGGCUUUUCAUCAGCUGUUUCGACGACGUCGUGUCCCCUUCCAUCAAAAUUGGCACGCGUACAAACGGCUGAACUCCGGGUAAACGAUGAGAAACCCGGCGUUUAAAGCAUCCAUUCCAAACAGAUCUUUAUUCCGAGCAAAAAUGAAUACCUCAGCCGUUCUAUUCCUAGCCGCGUGUCUGCUGCUGCUCUGUGGCGCUUCUUCGGCUUCAUCUUCACUUGUCAGCCAGAAUGAUAAUGAUUUGGUGUUCGAAGAAGAGGAGUUGCAAGUGGUUCGCGAUCUAAAACUCAACAAUUCUAGUCAGGGUGAUUCUGAUUACCCCAAUGCAGUUUCUUUGGAUAACGAUAUUUCGAUAAAUACUCGCAAUGAUCGCAAAAGCUACGAGGAACCGUUAUCAGAAAGGAUUAGUCAACGUUUCGAUCGUUUUAAAAGAGAUCUUGGUGAUUGGUUCCGGGGUUUGGGUUCUGCUCUUGGCGUUCCGACCAGAACACCAAAUUCUGAUGAACCGUCAACGGGCUCCACCCUGCCAGCCAAUACCUUUAUCAGUACUACUCGUCAAAAAAGACAAUCAGCAAAACCCGAUCCAGAAAAUGUGGAUGACGAUGAAGAAGAAGGAAACGGCACCAGUACAGAAGAAGUAGAUCCAGAAGAUCCGGAUGAUCCGACAUUUUCUGGAUCAUCGACAACAAUUCCAACAUCACCCAUGGGGGCUAAAAAAAGUCAUUUUCGAGUUUAUAUCAAGCUUAUGGAGGCUUACACGUAUGAUUUCAAUGACCAUUCCAGCUCAAUAUUCAAAGAAUACGAGCUUAAAAUUACCACUGGUGUUAAAGAAAUAUUCUCCGCGCCAGAUUUUGUCUCAGCUCGCUUAGUGGCUAUUUUAAUUACAACUGACUUGUCUCAGUCCAAGGCUGUAGUGGAUCUCGAGUUCUCCAGUGCUGAAAGCAGGGAACAAGUCGAAGGCACGUUAUCUGGUUACCUAGCUGGUCAUGAAAAAAUUGGCACGUUAGCGGCAUCGCCGAUCUCACUCUAUGUUCGCGAUUUUGGAGAUAAACUUCCUUUCCAGUGUUCUCCUACGGAAAUCCCCUGCCGGGAUUCGGAUAUAUGUAUCCCAUCAUCAGGCAGAUGCGAUAAAACCGCCUCAUGUCCAGAUAAUACCGAUGAAGAAGAAUGCCCGGAUUCAGAUCGAUGUAGAGCGGAUGAUAAAUUUACUUGUCCCAAUUCUGGUGGAAUAUUGGUUUGUGGCAGUGUUAAAUGCGACGGAAAAAAGGAUUGCCCCGGUGGCGAAGACGAACCACCAACUUGCGAUAAGACCCCAGGCCAAGCUUGUCUCGAAUCAGAGUUUUUCUGCGAUAAUGGAUGUGUUUCUUUGAGUAAACGCUGCAAUGGUAUCGACGAAUGUGACGACCGUACAGAUGAAAAAGACUGCCCUCUUAAAUGUAAUAAUGACACCGAGUUCGAAUGUGAUGGACGUUGCGAGUCUAUAACGAAAAGAUGCGAUAAUAACAAGGAUUGUAACGAUGGAGCAGAUGAAGCAGGCUGCACACCACCGCCGCCAAUAUGUAGACUCAGUGAGAUUGAAUGUGACGGGGGUUGUUCACCCAAAUGUAAUGGCAUCAUCGAAUGUUCUGAUGGAAGAGACGAAACAGGCUGUCCACCUACACCACCACCGCCACCAAAAUGUUCUGUCGAUGAGUUUGAAUGCGACGGGCAUUGUGUACCUGCAUCAGCCAGAUGUAAUGGCAUCGAUGAUUGUUCUGAUAGAAGAGACGAAACAGGCUGUCCUACACCACCACCGCGCCCAACGUGUUCUGACGAUGAGUUUGAAUGCGACGGGCAUUGUGUACCUGCAUCAGCCAGAUGUAAUGGCAUCGAUGAUUGUUCUGAUAGAAGAGACGAAGCAGGCUGUCCACCUACACCACCACCCCCGCCAAGCUGUAGAACCAAUGAGAUUGGAUGUGACGGACGUUGUAUACCUGCAUCAGCCAUAUGUGAUGGCACCAAUGAUUGUAACGAUGGAAGAGACGAAAUUGGCUGCACAACACCGAGUACUACCUCAACCACAACAACGACAACACGUCCACCACCACCUCCACCACCGCCAACUCCAUCAACUACAACACCGGCGCCAUCACCUCCUGCUAAGAAUUGUGACCAAGGUGAAUUUCAGUGUCUCCGUUCUAAGAAAUGUAUCUCUUUUGAGAAAAAAUGCGACCAAACUUUCGAUUGCGAAACUAAGGACAUUAUCGAUAAAUCUGAUGAAUCAAACUGUCCAUGUAAUAAUUCGACAGAAUUCACGUGUAAGGAUGGCCAAUGUAUUGGCAUAAUAGGACGAUGUGAUAACUUGUUUCAAUGUGGAGAUAGAUCGGACGAAGAAAAUUGUAGUACACCUAUUAUUACAACUCCUACAACUACAACGUCUACUACUACAACUCCCACUAGUACUACUACAACGUCUACUACUACUACUCCCACUAGUACUACUACGACUAGUACUACGACUUCUAGUAGUACGACUAGUACUCCCACUAGUACUACUAAAACAGGAUGCCGACCAGAUCAGAUAACUUGCUAUGAUGGUGCUUGUAUCGAUGGUAGACAAAGAUGCGAUAAAGUAAAAGACUGUUCUCAGGGAGAAGACGAAGAAGGUUGUCCUACAGGACAUAUUACUUCUACUACUACAUUAGCUAGUACCUCGAAUAUCUGCUCGAACAUUGAAUUUUCAUGUAAUAAUGGAAUUUGCAUCAGCGAUCGUUUUCGCUGCGAUGGUUUUCCUGAUUGCAUUGACAAUAGCGACGAAGAAAAUUGUCCGACGUAUACUACACCUUCACCUCCACCACCAACACCUCCGAUAAUCAGAUGUAAUGCCGAUGAAUUCCGGUGUGACGAUAGUCAUUGUAUACCGAAUGUACGAAGAUGCGAUGACUUUCCCGAUUGUCGUGAUGGAUCUGACGAAGCAAACUGCGUAAGAUGCCAACCGGAUGAAUUCCAGUGCGAUGAUAGACAUUGUGUGCCAACUAAUAGAAGAUGCGAUGGCUUUCCGGAUUGUCGAGAUAGAAGCGACGAAUCAGGCUGUACAACUACUACAACGUCGACGACUGAGUCGCCGUCGAGAUGCUUACCAAAUGAAUUUAGAUGUGAUGAUAACCAUUGUAUAGCAGGAGCACGCAGAUGUGACGGAUACCCCGACUGCAGAGAUGCAUCCGAUGAAGUUCGAUGUACAGGACCUCCUUCUGGUUGCGGGCCUAAUCUGUUUACCUGUACAAUACGUAGACAGUGCGUACCUAUUCAGAGUGUUUGCAAUAAUCGAACGGAAUGUUUUGAUGGCACCGAUGAAGCAAAUUGUCCAAUAUCCCGCGAAUACUUGAAUUUGAGAGCUUAUCCAACGGACCAAAUUAUCAAACAAAGCCAAGAAGUUGUCUUCCAAUGUCGUGACGAAGGACCAUUGAGGGUGCCUGUAACCUGGGUACGUGGUGGUAAUCAGCCAUUACCAGCAAGUUCAAGGAUCAAUGAACAAGGACGAUUGGAAAUACCAAAUAUUCAAUUAUCGCACAGUGGCACGUACAUAUGCAGAGCCGUCGAACCAUUUUAUUCGCGAUUUCCCAGAUCAGAAAUCACAGUCUUUUUGUCUGUUGAAGCUUUUGUUCCGAUCACUGCUAGACCUAUUAAAGUUUGCCGAGCCAACGAGUCGACUUGUCUGAAUGGUGAUUGCAUCCCUACCCAGUUAGUUUGCGAUGGACGUGUAGAUUGCUCUGAUGGAUCUGAUGAAGUGCGUUGUCCUAAUGGCAAAGGUUGCGAACCAGAUCAGUUUACGUGCGAUAAUAACAUGUGUAUUCAAAAAAAUUGGCGUUGUGAUGGAGAAAACGAUUGUAGAGAUGGAUCAGAUGAACGUGGCUGCGAACCUAGUCCACCAGGAUCACCUUGUCGAUACGACGAAUUCCAUUGCACCGGUAACGUGACUCAACAAUGUAUUCCUAAAUCAUUCCAGUGCGACGACCACAGCGACUGUUUCGAUGGAACGGACGAAGUUGGUUGCGCGAAAGUUGAAGUGAUACAACCACCUCCACCACUGAUUACUAUCGAUCAAGGAGGUACCUUCAAUAUUACUUGUACCGUUUACGGUGUACCUACACCAUUGGUUGUAUGGCGUCUGAAUUGGGGACACGUUCCAAGCAAAUGCACAUCGACCAGUGUCAACGGCGUCGGAGUAUUGACUUGUCCAAAUAUCGAACCACAAGAUGCAGGUGCUUACAGUUGCGAAGGUAUCAACUCGAAAGGAUUCCUUAUCGUUAAUCCUAAUUGUAUCCUGGUUGUUCGCCCAUAUGCUCGACCUCAGUGUCCUCCCGGACAGUUCAAUGAUUUGGCACGUGAUCGCGAAGAAUGCAUCAAUUGUUUCUGUUUCGGAGCGACGACAGUUUGCCAGAGCGCUAAUUUAUACGUAUACGAAUUACAGCCUCCUAUUACUCAAUUGAAUCAGUUAUCUUAUGUUAGUGUAUCUUAUAGUUCAGCAUUCGGUGAAAUUAAUUUCAACCCGAACGAAUUAAUUCAGUUGAGAACGUCGAUAUUGGGCCAAAACAGCUUCCGAGUUCAAGGUUUAUUCGAUCCGAGUCAAUCGACUUAUCCUUAUUUCUCUUUCUUGAGUGCAUUCAGAGGUAAUCAAUUGAAAUCGUACGGCGGAUAUAUUAGAUACAAUAUACGAUACGAUACUGGAAGCUCAGUCUUGGAUACACCUGUGAUCAUUAUUUCGGGAAGCGGUAAUAAAAUAUUCUACAACGGAACUCAAUACUUCACCAAUAACGGAACUCAAUUAAUAUCUACUCGAAGCGAGCAAGUUUCUGCUCGUCUAUUCUACGGAUCUUGGUUCAAAGAAGGAUACGGCAAUAAUGCCGGUGGUGACCAACCUUCCAUCAUCAAACCUACGUUAGCCACUCGCGAAGACAUCAUGACGGUUUUGGUCAACAUUGAUCAAAUAGUGUUGAAAUUACAGUACACCGAUUCGCGACUCGUCGAUACAGUCAUUUCCAACUUCAAUAUAGAUUCAGCAUCUGCUUCGAAUUACGGUCUAGGACAAGCUGCCUAUGUUGAACAAUGCUCAUGUCCUCUCGGAUACACUGGAUUAUCUUGCGAAAGCUGCUCUUCCGGAUACACUCGUACCGAUGGUGGUUAUAUAGGAAGAUGCGUUCCGACUCCAAUCGAUUGUGCUCCAGGUUCUUAUGGAAAUCCUGCCAUAGGAAUCCCGUGCCAGCCUUGUGCUUGUCCAUCGAGCAACCCCACAAAUCAGUUUGGAAGAACUUGCUAUCUGGAUUCAUCAGAUAGACAGCUCACGUGUCAAUGUCCACCUGGAUAUAUAGGAAGACGUUGCGAACGUUGUGCACCUGGCUACUCCGGUAAUCCUCUGCUUCCUGGCGAUUAUUGUAAACCAGCACUCUGUAAUCCGGAUGGAUCGGCUGAUCUUAGUACUGGACCACCGUGUAAUUGUAAACCAUUUGUCACUGGUGAACGUUGCGACCGAUGUAGAUCAAAUUCAUUCCAUUUAGCUUCCACCAAUCCAUACGGUUGCAUCAGUUGUUUCUGUAUGGGAGUUACGUCCAGCUGUUCAAGCUCUAGUUGGUAUAGACAAGUGAUUGCAACUACAUUUAUUAGAAACACCGAAGAUUUCAAAAUCGUUCGCAGACAAGAUAUUCAAAGAGUCAUUACCGAAGGAUUAGAAGUUCGUGCUAGUGAUCGUGAAAUCGUUUAUAGUUCAUUCUCACCUUCAGAACAAAGCGUAUAUUAUUGGUUGUUACCUCAACGUUACCUCGGCGAUAAAGUUACCAGUUAUGGAGGUGUACUCAACUACACACUUCGAUACGUUCCACUCCAAGGAGAUCAGAUCUCUAGAAAUAAUGCCCCCGAUGUCGAAAUUAUCAGCGGUAACGAAAUUCGUCUACUGUAUUUCAAACCUGACCGCGAAUUACAACCAAAUGGUUUCGAAACUGUAUCUGUACCAUUAUUCGAACAAUAUUGGCAACGAGAAGAUGGCCAGCCAGCCGGUAGGGAAUAUUUCCUAAUGGCUUUAGCUGGACUAAACAAUAUUCUCAUCAAAGCAACUUACACCACCACCACUUCGGAAGUUGGAUUACAAAGCGUCGUUUUGGAAACGGCUGAAGAACGAAAUACCGGUUUGAGACCAGCUUACGAAGUAGAAGAGUGCAGAUGUCCUCCAGGAUACAGAGGAUUAUCGUGUCAAGAAUGCGAUGCUGGAUACACUCGUAUUCAACAAGGACUUUAUCUAGGUUUAUGCGAACGUUGCAAUUGUUUCGGACAUUCUCAAGAUUGCGACGCUGAUACCGGAACUUGUUUGAAUUGCGCCAACUUUACCACCGGUCCAGAUUGCGGCACUUGCCAACCGGGUUACACCGGUAAUCCGAAAUCCGGCGAAGCUUGCCGUCCUGUUACCGAACCAAAUUAUUGUAAUUGCGAUCCUCGAGGUAUUUCACAGCAAGGUUGUCCGUGUAAUUGUAAACCGAACGUGAUUGAAAACAAUUGCGGUACCUGCCGGCCAGGAACUUUCGAUUUACAAGAAUCUCAUCGCGCAGGAUGUCUAGAGUGUUGGUGUUCCGGUUUAACCAAUCAGUGCCAGUCUUCGAAUUUAUUCGUUACGCAAAUUCCGAUGCCUAUUCUCGAUGGUAAUCACGGAUUCACGUUAUCACUGCCAGAUCGAAGGCCUUUCCCUGUUUCUCGAUUCGACUUGGAUAUCGCUCAGAAUAAAAUCGGAUUCGAUUACACGAUCGCUCGAGGACAACGUCUUUAUUGGUCUUUGCCAUCUCAAUUCACUGGAAAUAAGUUAUCUUCGUAUGGCGGUAAUUUAACAUGGACUCAAGGAUAUUCGGGACCUUCCGACGCUGUCCCUUUCAACGAUAUCGAUUUAAUCAUUUACGGUGGCGAUGGUGUGAACUUAUUCUGGACCAGCGGGGUUUCAAUGGGGCCAGGAGUGCCUGCGACUAGAAGCGCAAAAUUGGAAGAAAACGAAUUCACGCGUCUUACGACAACGGGUAGCCGAAGAGCUAGUAGAGCUGAUUUAUUGAGGGUGUUGUCUUCCAUCGACGCUAUUCUUAUUCGCACUUCGUUCAGAUCUCAAACGUCUUACGUAUUCAUAAGUGACGUCAGUAUGGAUACAGCUGUAUCUCAGCCAUUCACCAAUGUUAGAGCUACUCAAGUUGAAAGCUGUCGUUGCCCGACUGGGUAUAGAGGAUUGUCUUGCGAAAGCUGUCAAACCGGAUAUUACCUCGAUGACAUCACUAACCAAGGAAAACAGUGCCGAAAAUGCCCGUGUAAUGGACGCGAAGAAAGUUGUUCACUAGGUCCGAAUGCCCAAAUAAGUUGCAAAUGUUUGCCAGGAUAUUCAGGCAACUAUUGCGAAGACAGCGUCGGCGUUCUGCUGAAUAUCAAAUUAUCGCCCUUAAAGAUAAUUCGACCAAUCGGCUCCAGAGUUACGUUUACUUGCUCGUACGAGAGUUCAGAGAGAUUGUUUAUACGUUUUGUGAAAAAUUACACCACUAAUAACGAGAUACUGCUCAAGGACACGACCGAUUUACUUAUGAGUCAGAUCACUUAUACGAAAUUGGAAGGACAGAAAAGCGUUCAAAUAGUAAUCGAGCCGAAUUUGCAAUUCAUCAUUUGUCAAGUCGUCGAUGAAAACGGAUUAAUAUUCGGCACGAUAAACGCCAAGAUAUUUCCAGAUACGCCAACUCUAACACCUAGACCGGUCAGAUGUAACCCUGACGAAUACGAAUGUAGAGAUGGCCAUUGUAUACCGUUCCAACGUAGAUGCGACGGAUUCGCAGAUUGCAGAGACAGAACUGACGAAUUAAACUGUCCUGGUGGUCCAGGGAGUACACCUGAUACCGAACCAUCCACUUCAACUGAACCGAAUCAACCGAAGCCUUCGAUUGUCGUCGUGAUUCGAGAACCUGCUAUUCAAAUCGUAGCCCUUGGAACUACAAUCCGAUACAACUGUAGAGCGCAAUCCGCAUUUACUGGGCAAUAUGUUAUUGUUAAAUGGUCUAAAGAAGACGGCAUACUACCUCCGGCCAGAUCUGUUGACGAUGGUAACGGUAAUUUAGUCGUGAUCAACGCACAGACCAGCGAUACUGGUACCUACGUGUGUACUGCGUACGAUAACCGAACUUACGUUAGUCAAAGAGUCUAUCUUACUGUUGGAGAACAAUCAGCGCCUAGAGUAUCUUUAGUUCCAACUGGUUCAGUGACGCUGUUUGCUGGUCAAUCACUUUCUGUGAGCUGCGAAGCUUCCGGUGUACCGGUUCCUACGGUUGAAUUCGGAAGAUCGCCUGGAUCGUAUGCUAAUAAUAGAAAGAGUGGACUUAGAAAUACCGUAUUCAAUAUUCAAUCUGUGAGAAAAUCUGACGAAGGAAUUUACUAUUGCCGAGCCAAUAAUUCGGUCGGUUACGAUAGCCAAGAGAUUGUCGUUUAUGUAAAUGAUAUCGGUAGUCAAACUACGAUUAGUCCUCCUGGCUCGUCAAACGAAGUUCGUGUAACAGUCGAACCCAGCGAAUUCAUUGGAUCAUCGGGAGAUCAAAUUAAUUUACAAUGUACUGUUUCCGCGAAUAUCCCAUACAGAAUUAUAUGGACUCGUUACCCCGACCUACCUUUACAACAGGGAAUAAACGAAAGAGACGGUAGGCUGUUCAUUAACUCGGCAUCACAGCAAGAUUCCGGCGUAUACGUUUGCUCAGCAAUUUCCGAACAAACCGGAAUUAUCCUUAGUCGAAUUGAAGUCAAUGUUAAUGUCGCUCCGUCGAGGAGACCAGCCUUGUUGACAAUCGAACCCGAAAGACAAACUGUGGCUCAAGGAACGUUGGCUAAAAUCUCGUGUAUAGUUGGAAACGAUCCGAAUGCUCGUGUUACAUGGCGUAAAGCGAAUGAAAACUUACCAGCUUAUUUCCAACAAGUCGGAAACGAAUUGCAAAUACCUCAAGUUGAUGUGAAAGAUCGUGGUGUUUAUGUUUGCGAAUUGAACUACGGUGAUGGAAAUAUUCUCCAGGUGCAUUCCAUCCUUGAAGUUCAAAGACGUGAAGCUCCAGCGGUGGAAAUUUACCCGAAAGAUAGACAAACCGUAUUCAUCGGAGGUACAGCGUUGAUUCAAUGUCGUGUCAGCAGAGGUGAACCAUCUCCAACUCUCACCUGGUCUCGAACCAAUAACCAACAAUUGUCUUCUCACGUCGAAACGCUCGACGGCGGAGUUCUAAGAUUCUCACGUAUCACCGAAGAAGACGAAGGACAGUAUAUUUGUACAGCUAGCAACUUGGUCGGAAGUGUGACCUCUGUUGCAACUUUGGAACUAAUUUCUCCGCCGAUCAUUACUCUCAAUCCUCGCGGUCCUUACAUCGUACCUCUCGGUCAAAGUGUUCGAAUCGAAUGUACAGCCAGAGGUAGACCCGCGCCAGCAGUUUUCUGGCUAGAUCAAAACAUCGAAAAUUCUCCACUCGAAAAUGGGUCUCGUCCUCUACUUAGGGCACAAAGGCCACAAACAGCUGUUUUCGAAAUAUACCGAGCUCGGCUAGCUGAUUCUAAGACAUACACGUGUGUUGCCGAUAAUUCUGCCGGACGAGUCGAAGAAAAAAUAGUGAUCAUUGUACAAGAGGACGACUACGGUCGUUAUCCACCACAAUCUAGCAUUGCACCUGACGAAGAGAUCAUAUUUCCUUUAGGAACUACCGCUACCUUACGUUGUAACGUUGGCUCAUCUAACGAUUUGGUCAACGUUCAAUGGGUCCGAGAAAAUGGCGAUUUACCAGAUAACCACAGAAUUUACAACGCUGAUCUGAUCAUUUACGGUAUUACUCGAUCAAACGCCGGAAAAUACACUUGUGUUGGAAUUGGAAACGAUAACGCGCCGUUGUUCUCCAAAUCAAUCAACCUGAGAGUUACCGGUGGUCCGCCGAAAAUAUCGUUGAAUCCGGCCAUCCAAACUGUUCGUCCUGGUGAUAACGCUAAUGUAGAAUGUACCGCCGAAGGAGAUCAACCUAUUGCUAUUCAAUGGACGACCAAAACUGGUGCACCGUUUACAAGAUCCACUUCCACCAUUGAAGGACGUCUGAUGUUCCGUGGCAUCACAGUCAACGACGCAGGCCAAUACGUUUGCACUGCCAGGAAUACAUGGGGUGAAGCCGAAGCCGUUGCCGAAGUCCAAGUCAGUGAAAUCAUUCGACCAACUCGACCAACUAUCAAAGCUCCAGAUCAUGUUCAAAACACCUACGAAGGGCAAGACAUAGAAUUAAAAUGUGUCGUCGAUAUUCCCCGUAUUCGUCACCAAGUUACCUGGCGUAGAGAACAUGGCGCUUUACCACGAACCAGUCAAGUACUCGGCGAGACUUUACGUCUGAUUAAUAUCAGAGCCGAAGACGCCGAUCGAUACAUUUGCGAAAUUUCCUCAGCUUCUGGAAUCAGCAGCGACUUUAUCGACGUACAAGUCGAACGAACCUGCUUACCGGAUGAGUUCCGUUGCAACAAUGGUCAAUGUAUCUUGAAAGUAUUAUAUUGUGACACGAUACAACACUGCAAUGAUAAUUCGGACGAAAUAGAAUGUCACAAAUAUAGACGCGAUACGAGUAAUAUUUCACUGAAUAUCGAAUCGAACAAGGAUCCUAUCAAAAUUGGUGACUCGGUUACGUUAUUAUGUAACGCCAUCGGUGAUGUUGACGGAAAUCUUAUUUGGUCCAAACCUGACGGAUCGUUUGAAUCGAAUGUUCGGGUCGAUAGAAACGUUUUAAGGAUCGCCGAUGUGCAACCUUCCAACAGGGGUGUUUACCGGUGCUCGGCUUAUACCAGUAAUGGAAUUAAUGGAUUGAGAUCUGCCGAUUAUACCAUCGAAGUUCAACUUGCUGAUAUUACUAUUCCAAACUCAGCCAUCGAUAUUAAAACCGCCAAAUAUGGUCAACACAUCGACUUAGAUUGCUCUGUGAGCUUAGAGCCACCCGUCAACUAUUCGUGGAUCGUGCACACUUACGAUAAAUCGCUGAGACGAAUUGUCAAUUCGGAUAAAAUAUCGGUACAUAAUCUAACAGUGGACGAAAGCGGUCUUUACACUUGCAGCGCGAGAAAUGGAAAAACCACCUUUAAUAUACCUCGUGCACUCGUCGUCACCGAAGUGAUUCCAGCUUUCUCGAGAAACAGUUACUUAACUCUUAGACCUUUGGUCAACGCCGAUAAUAAUUUCGAAAUUGAGAUCACAUUCAGGCCGAAAGCUGACAGCGGGUUGAUAUUGUACAGUGGAGAGAAAAACGACGGUACCGGAGAUUACAUUUCGUUCGGAUUGAACUUCGGAACACCAGAGUUCAGAUUCGAUGUAGGUUCUGGACCUGCAGUCAUCAGAGGCGUACAACCGUUAUCGAUGAACACCUGGCAUACAGUUCGAUUGAUUCGAGACAAGAGAGAAGGUUAUAUGGAAAUUAAUAAACGAGAAAAUUACACCGGAUCGUCGCCAGGAUCGUUCGAACGUUUGGAUUUGAAAUUCCCCCUAUUCAUUGGUGGUUUACCUACGGACGCUAACUACAAUAAUAGCGGUUUUGUUAGCGGAUUUGAAGGUUGCGUGAAUAUGCUGCUAAUCAACAACAGAGUUGCCAACUUGAAGAAAGAAAUGAUCGGAGCUAAUAAUCUCGAAGACUGCGAUAACUGCAGAAUUAAUCCUUGUCAACAUAGUGGAGUAUGCCAACAAACCUUGACUCCGAGCGGAUACACUUGCAUCUGUUUACCCGGCUACAGCGGCGAUAAUUGCGAAUUGGCUAAGGAAAUAUGUUACCUAGAUUCCUGCGGCACAGGCACGUGCGUAGAAAACGAAAAUGGCAUCGAUUGCCGAUGUCCUUUGGGUAAAACGGGUAAAAAAUGCGAGAAAAGUAUCAACAUCGAAACUCCAGCUUUCCUCAAGAAUUCUUGGCUCGCCUAUCAAGCGCCAUUACUGAAGAAAAGAUUCAGACUCGUCCUCAAACUGAAACCUCUCGGAGAAUCGACCGAAUCGUACGUCGACGACGGAUUAAUUUUCUACAUCGCUGAAAACGAAGACGGUUCCGGAGAUUAUAUUUCAUUAUCCAUUUCCAGCAGCUUUGCCGAAUUGAAAUUCAAAAUUUCAGGACGAGAUGUUGCUUUAAGAUCUGAUCAUUACCUGGUACCUCACGAAGAAGUCCAAGUGAACAUUACGAUGACCGCAGCUCAAGCCAUGUUCAGCGUUGGCAAUGCUCCUGCUGUCGCUCAAGAAUUCAAUCCUCGCGCCGAAUCUGCCGAAUUGAAAUUAUACACUCCGUUGUACGUCGGCGGAUACGAUAAAUAUCUUACCAAACUGCCAGAUGAUUUACUAGUCAGAAAUGGUUUCCAUGGAUGUAUUUCGAUGCUCGACGUGUCUGGAACUAACAUCAAAAUGUUGCAAUCGAGCAUUUCCUCGAGCAACGUGAACGAUUGUUACUCGACGUUCGGUGAUAUUUGUCGCAGCAAGAUGCCUUGUCAAAAUGGUGGCAUUUGUAAAACGACCAGAGAUACGUAUAAAUGCGAUUGUGCCUUCAGUUUUAGUGGUACCAACUGCGAACGUCAGAAGGACAUGUGCGAAAUUAUGAACAAUCCUUGCCAGAAUAACGCGAAAUGUGUGGGAACUUCGAAUUCGUUGAAAUGUUACUGCGAUUUAGGAUUCACCGGAGAACAUUGCGAAAGAAGAAUUAACAUCGAAGAUAGUAUUAGCGUGAACGGCGAUGGAUACAUCGAAUUACCAGGAUCAUUGUUACCUCAUUACAAUCUGAACGAUUUAACCGUCGUUAUUUAUUUCACCACUAGAGCUAGCGAAGGUUUAUUACUAUGGCACGGUCAGAACGAAAAAAUCAACGGUAGAAAUUACGAUUACUUCGCCAUCGGAAUUUCAAAUGGAUACGUCGAACUUGCCUAUAAAUCGAACGAUGUCGAGAGAACUCUUCGAGCCACCGAUCACAGAGUCAACGAUGGAAAACCUCACACCAUCAGAGCGAUCAGACGUAUGGAAACUAUCUCAUUUGAAUUGGAUUCAGUCACUUCGGAAUUGGCUACCUUGGAGAGUAAAUUUGAAAUCAGAGGAGAUAUUUUCGUUGGUGGAACGCCGAAUCCAUACAUGACCGGAAAUCUUUACAGAAGAGGAUUCGUCGGCUGUAUCCACGCGUUAUAUUUGCAAAAUCAACGCCAAGUUCAUUUCGGUACCGAAGCCAAAUCUGCUAGGAACGUGGGUCAAUGUUCUACGAGCUCGUUCUACGAAACAAAUGCCAUCGAUGAAGCAAACUGAAAAUCCAGAGGAAAAGAACGAAGAAAAGCGAAGAUAUCAAAGUGAAAAAUUCUGCUGCGCCUUUAAAUAAGCAACUAGUAGGUACAACAAAAGACGCGAGUAUCGCUGAUCGAUUUACCAGUAUCAUGCAUUUGUUUUAUUUUUAGAUAUUAUUUUUUAGGUUUUAUUAUUCACUACAAAUUUUUUAACCAUUUACUGCCUUGUUAUUCGUUUUUGUUGUUUUUUUUUCUCUUUUUCGUUUCGUAUUAUGUUUGUACUACGCGAACCAAAUUUUAUUAACAUGCCGAAUAAAAAAAAAGACAUUGUUUUUUAUCGUUUUAAAAAUUUUAUUAUGUAUUUUUCACGUGUAAGAGUAUUAUUUUACCUGAGAUACUUUUUAAUAUAACUUUUGCAUGGCAACUUUUUUUUCUUUCUUUCUUUAAUGUAAUACAUUAUGUUCGAGUGAACGUUUUAUGUUGUAUUUUUACCAAUUUUGUUUUUAUUUUUUUAUAAUAUGGUUGCGUAUGUUUUCGAAAAGGCAGGUUGUUUUGUAAUUUUUAUUAUCAGUAUUUGUUAUACUCUCGAAUUACGUAAGUUGAUCGUUCUGUUUUAUUUUUAUUUUUUUGUUUUCUAAUUUUUUUUUCUCAUCUGUGUAUGUUUUGAUUAUUACCUACCAAAAAAAAAGUGUUUUAUUUUUUAAGGAUUUGCGAUGCGUCAAACAAAAUUUGUUAAGGCAUAAUAUCAUUUUAUCGUACUUUUGAAAGGAGAUGCUUCAAUAUACUCGAAAGGUACUGCCGAUGUUCUAAUUACGCGUAUAAUUAUAUACUAUGUUGUUAAUACCUACGUGUACCAUUGUGUAGAGAAUAGUGCCAUUUUAGACAAUAAAUAUACCUAUCAAUCUGUUUGAAA